UAUUACAUUCAUUUCCAGGACCGGUCUCCAACGGUACUACAUGUCACGCAUUGCCGUUGAGAAAGCUAUCCUUUGGGGGCACGACCCCCAUGGAAUCGAGGAGCGUAUCUGGACCCAUAAUAUUUGCUAUGAAGCAUUCGAACACCAGCUUCGUCUGAGUGAUGCAGAGAAAAAGGUCCUGGUAAAUCGCAAAUUGCUCUGCUCGAGACACAAUGGUGUUCUGUACGUGUUUUCCUUCCGUUUUUUUUUUUUUUUUUUUUUUCAUCGAAGCUAACUAGUCCCCAAGGCAUUGACUAGAAAACAGCCGUACGGCCUAUUUUGCAAUGCAUGCUUGCAUCUCGUUGUCGGACAAGCUCUGCAGCAAGAACGCCGGUCAUAGCACUCAAGAAUCGGACUAUUACACAGCAGAGUCUUGAGCUUCCCUAGGGCUGAG